AUGGAACUGUUGCUUUUCGUGUUUGUUCUGGUGGUCAUGGCAGCCACGGCGGAGAGCAAGACGGCUGGGAAACCAGGCUGCCAGCUGAACUGCGGCAGCGUGGACAUCCCCUACCCGUUCGGCAUCGGCCCCGGGUGCUCCCGCAGUGGCUUCGAGCUGUCGUGUCUCAACAGCGGCAGCGGCGUCGCCGGGCCGAAAGCUGUGCUCGCCGGCACGUCCAUCCAGGUCACGAAGCUGUCCAUCGAGACGGCGGAGUCGCAGGUGAUUCUCCCCGUGGGGUGGCAGUGCUUCAACGCCUCCCAGCCAAAAGACAGCAACGGCAACUGGAGCGCCGCCGCGACGGAGAUGAACCGCCACGGCGUGUACCGCAUCUCCAACACGAACAACAUGCUGGUCGUCGUCGGCUGCAACACCCUCGGCUACACGGAGAGCCUGAGGACCGAGGGCGGCAGCUACGGCCGCACCUACUACACCGGCUGCAUGUCCUACUGCAACAACUCGGACAGCGCGCAGGACGGCCAGUGCGCCGGCGUCGGCUGCUGCCACGUCGACAUCCCGCCGGGGCUCACCGACAGCUCCGUCAACUUCCGCGACUACGACCACUCCGCCAUGCUCGACUACAGCCCCUGCGGCUACGCCUUCCUCGUCGGACGGUCCAACUACACCUUCCGGCGAGCCGACCUCAUGAUGGACAGGAACCAGACCAUGCCGGUGUAUCUGGACUGGGCCAUCCGCGACAACGGCUCCAUGUCCUGCGCCGACGCCAAGGACAAGCCGGGCUACGCCUGCGUCAGCGUCCACAGCGAGUGUGUCGACUCCAUCAAUGGCCCGGGCUACACCUGCAAGUGUUCCACAGGCUACGAGGGAAACGCCUAUGUAGAUGGCGGAUGCACUAAUAUCAACGAGUGUGCAUGGCCCAACACUCAGAAAUAUCCAUGCUAUGGCAUUUGCCUGGACACAGAUGGUUCAUACGAAUGUAGAUGCCAUCGGGGUUACCAAAACAGCGGUGAUCCAAAAGAACAGGCCUGCAGCCCAAAGUUUCCUCUUGCAGCACAACUUGCUUUAGGCAUCACUCUUGGCAUUUCAUUUUUGAUGGUUGGUCUCCUGGUCACUCUGAUGAUGAUCCAAAAGAGAAGACUAAAUGAACAUUUCAGAAAGAAUGGUGGUUCUGUGUUACAGAAAGUAGAGAACAUCAAGAUUUUCACCAAGGAAGAGCUUAAAAAAAUAACAAAAAACAAUUCAGAGGUCCUUGGUCAGGGAGGAUUUGGUAAAGUCUACAAAGGGAUUCUUGAAGACAACACCAUGGUGGCAGUGAAAUCCUCGAUCGAGGUAAAUGAUGCUAGAAAAGAGGAUUUCACCAAUGAAGUUAUCAUCCAAUCUCAAAUGAUCCACACAAACAUCAUCAAGCUCUUAGGUUGCUGCUUGGAGGUGGAUGUUCCAAUGCUAGUAUAUGAGUUUGCUGCCAAUGGAAAUUUACAAGAAAUUCUUCACGGUGACAACAGUCACCGUAUCCCCCUCCCACUUGACCUACGUUUGGACAUUGCAAUUGAAUCUGCAGAAGGGCUAAAAUAUAUGCACUCAUCCACAAAUCGUACGAUACGACAUGGUGAUGUCAAACCAGCUAACAUACUUUUAAAUGAUAAGUUCAUCCCCAAGAUUUCUGACUUUGGGACAUCCAAGCUGCUUACUGUGGAUAAAGACUUCACCAUGUUUGUUGUUGGUAGCAUGGGUUAUAUAGACCCAGUGUUCCAUAAGACCGGGCGUUUAACACAGAAGAGCGAUGUAUAUAGCUUUGGAGUUGUUUUAUUGGAGCUCAUCACUAGGAAGCCAACAAUAUAUGAUGGGAACUGUAGUCUCUUAAUUGAUUUCCAGAAAGCCUAUGAGCAAGAAAAUAGUGGCAAGGCAAUGUUUGACAAGGAGAUCGCAACUAAAGAAAAUAUGUUCAUCUUGGAAAAAAUUGGCCGGUUAGCAAUGGAGUGCAUGAAAGAGAAGGUCGAAGAGCGACCUGAUAUGAAGGAAGUAGCGGAACAACUUGUGAUCCUAAGAAGAUCUAGGAAGGCCAAACAAGGAAACCACCGCAUGAACCCUCAGCCAUUUGAGGAGAUCAGCAACGAAGGGACCCCCUUCAGCUUGGGUACUGGACUUAGUGCAAGCAGCUACGGAUCAGUUUCUGCACCAUCUACUCCAGCCAACAAUGAAUCCUCAAAUCUGUAG